UUUUUUUUUCUUCUUUUCUUCAUUCACUCAUUCUCCUCAUCUCUUCUACAGUUUCUGAACAAACUCUUGCUCAACUAUUGACAGACUUUAUUCUUUACAUCAAACAAGCUUUUCACCCGCCACAUCCUCCACCUCCUUCUUCCCCCUUUUUUUAUAUCAUGUACGACGAUAACCAUUACCCAACCGACAUCCGUGAAUAUCUUUACAAAAUCCUUGUCAUUGGCGACCUCGGCACCGGCAAGACCUCAAUCAUCAAGCGCUACGUCCACAACAUCUUUUCUAUAAACUACAAAUCUACGAUCGGCGUGGAUUUUGCGCUCAAGGUCAUCCAAUGGUCACCCGAUACCGUUGUUAGGAUGCAAUUGUGGGACAUUGCAGGCCAAGAAAAGUUUUCCGGAUUGACAAGGGUGUACUACAAGGAAGCCGUUGCAGCAUUAGUUGUGUAUGACGUGACCCGCCCAAAGACAUUUGAGGCAGUACCUAAAUGGAAAGCAGAUCUGGACUCCAAAGUCUCACUGCCUGGAGGAGAACCUAUCCCUGCUAUUCUCCUCGCCAAUAAGACUGAUCUGCAUGAAGAUCCAAACGCAGGACUCGAUCCACAAGAAAUGGACAAGUUUUGUGAAGAACAUGGAUUCCUGAAAUGGUUCGGAACUUCAGCCAAAGACAACAGUAACAUUGAUGAUGCAGCUCGCUUCUUGCUGGAGGAGAUCAUGAAUAAGGAAGCAGAGCAUGCGCACCAACAAGCACAGGAUACAACAGACAGAGUGCAGUUGAACCAGCCCCGUGCAAAAGAGGGAUGCUGCUGAUUGAUUGACUUUCGCUCCUAUGGAUGUCUCUUUUGUACACACGUGCAACUAAAAAGCCCUCUAAACCAACCAACAUGCACCCGCAGGCAUUUACAUGGCGUAUAUUGACGCUCUUUUUUCCUCCUUUCCCCUUUCCCUCCUUGUCUCAUUUUCGCUCAUUCGCUUUUAGCCUCUCGUCCUUACUGCCUCUUUUCAAACGUAUUCCGUUUUUUUUCUCUCUCUUUCUUCAUCUCACAAUGUAUUGGGUCUCAUUUUUUCAUCCUUUACGAUCCCCCUACUGUGUACAAUAGUUAAUAAUAAAAGCUUGACCAUGUUUAAGGACAGG